AUGAUGCUAACCGAUGUGGGAGUCCUAUCAUCCGAUAUUGAGCUCGUAGAGCAAUCUUCUGGUAUCCUCUCAGUGGUGCCUUCAAAAGAUGCGCUAGAAGCGGCGCGGCGAGUGGUGGACGCCUUACAUGAACUCGCCACCCGUGGUUCGCGGCCGAGUAGGCCCUUCUACUUCACAGACCCCAACGCUGUUGCAGCGUCAACAGUUCGAAGGAUAGCCGAACUCUUCACCUCGGUUCAUCAUAGUGCUCGCUUCAUCGACGGCUUGAUCUUAGGAGAGCCCCCCGUUUUCGUCUCGGCAAGCGACGUAGAGCCGCAGACCGUCUCACCUACGACGGCUACGAGUGGUGUUGAACAACGCUGGUCCAUGGGUACAGGCCCGAGUCCCCAUUUCCGCGAAGUGGGAGCCGCCAGCGGACUGAAGAUGUGUUACACAACCAUGUUCAAGGGGUACAUCGCAGUCGCCGCACGAGGGUUGACCACCGCGGAACGACUCGGCCUGCUCUACGCUCUCAAAGACAAGCUGCAGCUACUUCUGCCAGAUCACUUACGUCUAGCCGAGAGCGGAGUCACCGUCACGCCACCGAAAGCAUACCGCUGGGUAUUCGAGAUGCAGCAAAUAGCCCGAACUCAUGCCGAAGAGGGUGGGUUUGCCCUGGGUCUAUUUCAAGGAGCUGAAGGAGUGUUUCGUGACAUCGCGGAAGAUAGCGUUCUCGGGAAAGAAAAGAUUGGAAAUAGAGUUCGAGGUACAAUAAUGGAAGACUUUGCUGCCAUACUCGCAAGGAACUUGGAACACAAGACGACUUAUUGCCAAGUCUCCCCGGUUAAUGACGAGGACCAUUCCUAG